AUGCGUUAUCUCCUAUUAGCAGUAUGCCUAGGCCUGGCCUGUGCCCAGUCCACGAUCGACCCAUCAGUCCUCGAGGGUAUCUUUGGAACCCCACCGACCCCAAAACCAGUCGGUCCCGUUACACCGGGUUUAGAAGAUCACCGUAGAGGCACAACUCGAGGGAGAGUGCCUCUGCCAACUCCACCAGAGGACACGUCACUUCUGAUUGAAGUAUUUGGCACACCACCUUCCACUUCAGCAAGAGAAGGAUACGAAUCCAUUACAGUGAAACCGACUGAAGGAACCUCAACAUUUACUGAUAAAAAUGGCGAGACGUGUCAGUGUGUGCCGUACUACCUCUGUGACGCAAACAAUGUUGGUGUCGACGUGAAUAACGCUUCGGUUACCGGCUGGGGCACAUUGGAUAUCAGGUUUGGAGAAGACAAUAACAUAGACAGACAGUGUCAAGAGAGUGUGGAGGUCUGCUGUACCAUCCCCAAGGACACUUCGGAACAGCCCAAACCGAAGCCAAAACCCAAACCCGAGCCAGGCCAGGCUAAAGGAUGUGGUUACCGAAACCCCAACGGUGUUGGUGGAAUCACCGUUACUGGUGGAAGCGGUGCUGAAUCCCAAUUCGGCGAGUUUCCUUGGGUUGUCGCUAUCCUGGACAAGUACAACUCUUCGUAUGGAGGCGUCGGAGUGCUCAUACAUCCGCAGGUGGUGAUGACUGGUGCCCAUAUUGCUCAAAGAUAUGCCCCCGGAGGUAUGAAGAUCAGAGCUGGUGAGUGGGACACACAAACCAUCAAGGAGAUAUUCCCAUAUGAAGAGAGAAACGUUCAGAAUGUUGUUAUACAUGAAAACUUCAUGCCAAAAAGUUUGAAGAAUGACAUCGCAUUGCUAUACCUGGACAGCCCCUUACCUAUUUCGGAAUACAUCAACGUGAUCUGCAUGCCAGAACAGGACGAGGUCUUCGACAGCCAUAAGAACUGCGUCGCCAAUGGAUGGGGCAAGAGCCACUUUGGACUCCAAAACCGAUACGCUGUGAUUCUCAAGAAGGUGGAACUUGACAUGGUGCCAUACAGCCGCUGCCAAUCUUUGCUGAGGAGGACCAGGCUUGGACACAACUUCAAACUGCAUAACAGCUUCGUGUGUGCUGGUGGAGAGGCUGGCAAGGAUACCUGUCAGGGUGAUGGUGGCGCCCCCUUAGCGUGCCAAUUUGGCAGCAUGAGGUACAAGCUGACUGGUUUAGUGGCGUGGGGAAUUGGGUGUGGGCAACAGGAAGUCCCAGCAGUGUACGCUAACGUCCCAAAGUUUAGGAAUUGGGUGGACCAGAAAUUGGGAAUCUGGGGUGUCACAGCGACUUCAUACAGUAAUAUUAAAGUUUAA